AUGCUGGAUGGCAGGGUCAAGAAAGCAAAGAGGACAGAGGAGGAUGACACCUGGAGCUCCACCUUGGCAGCUCUGAAAACUGCCCCCAAGGAGAAACCUCCUGCCACCAUCAAUGGGCUGUGCCCCCUGAGCACAGUACCAGGCGCAUGGCUGUGCUGCUCACUGUGGGUCUACGAGGACUACAGCUGCACCCUGAACCAGACCAACAUUAGCGCCAACAACAACAACUACAUCAUCCAGCUCCUUGAGCACGAUGGUGCCUACAGCGUCUGGUUCCACUGGGGCCAUGUAGGUGAGGUGGGCCAGUCCAGACUCAUGCCCUCUGCCUCCCUGGAGGCCGACAAGAAGGCCUUUGAGAAGAAGUUUCAGGAGAAGACCAAGAACAGCUGGGCGGCAAGGGAGAACUUUGUUGCCCAGCCGGGGAAGUACAUGCUCAUUGAAGUGCAGCUGAGGGCUGGGCAGGAGGUGAUAGUUGCCCCCAGGGUGGAUGGUGUGGAUGGAGACAAGGUCUGCAAGCAGCAGGAGCUGCCCUGCACCUUGGACAAAGCCACGCAGGACCUGGUGUCCCUCAUCUUCAGCAACGACAUGUUCCAGGAUGCCAUGCAGACCAUGAAUAUCGAUGUGAAGAAGAUGCCACUGGGGAAGCUGAGCAAGCAGCAGAUUGCAAGGGGCUUUGAAGUGCUGGAGGAGCUGGAGGCAGUGCUGCAGGAGCAGCCCCCUGAGGCUGCGUGCCUGGAGGAUCUCUCCUCCUGCUUCUACAUCAUCAUCCCCCAUAACUUUGGGCAGGCACGGCCACCGCCCAUCAACUCCCCUGACCUAUUGCGUGCCAAGAAGGACAUGCUGUUGGUGCUGGCUGACAUCGAGGUGGCACAGAACCUGCAGGCACAGAAGGUGAAGGAGGAGGAGGCGGAGGAAGUCAUCCAUCCACUGGAUCAGGAUUAUGCCCUGCUCUGCUGCCAGCUCUCCCUGCUGGACCCAGCUUCCUAGGAACACCAGCUGAUUCAAAACUAUGUGACACAGGCUGGGCACAAACUCCACAUCCUCAACAUCUGGCAGGUGGCCUGAGAUGGUGAUGACGAGCGCUUCAAAGCCCAUGACCUCCUGCAGCACCAGCGCCUUCUUUGGCAUGGCACCAAUGUGGCGGUGGUUGCAGCCAUCCUGAAGAGUGGGCUGUGCAUCAUACCCCACUCAGGUGGGCACCUGGGCAAGGGCAUUUACUUCACCUCUGAGAACAGCAAGUCAGCCUGCUAUGUGGGCUGCACAUCCAAGAAGGUUGGCAUCAUGUUCCUGAGGGAGGUGGCCCUGGGCAACCCCUACCACCUCACCUGCGAUGACCCCAUGCUGUGUCAGCCGCCCACUGGCUAUGACAGUGUCCUGGCCUGUGGCCAGACGGAGCCAGACCCUGCACGGGAUGAAGAGGUGCUGCUGGAUGGCAAGAAGGUGCUGGUGUGCCAGGGCAAGCCCAUCCCCAUGCCCACCUACAAGGACUCCUCCUUCAGUCAAAGCAAGUACCUCAUCUACCACGAAAGCCAGUGCCGGAUCUGCUACCUUGUCCAGCUCCAAUUCUGA